CUAGAACUCAGGAGGUCCAAGCCGAGAAUGUGACAGUAGCAGAAGGCGGGCAAGCUGAGAUCAAUUGCAAGCUACACCAAUAUGAUGGCUCCAUCGUGGUGAUCCAGAAUCCAUCUCGGCAGACGCUCUUCUUCAACGGCACACGAGCCUUGAAGGAUGAGCGUUUCCAGUUGGUGGAGUUCACCCAAAAACAGGUCCGCAUUGUGCUGUCCAAUGCCCGUCUGGAAGAUGAAGGUGGAUAUUAUUGCCAGCUGUACACAGAAGACACCCACCAUCAGAUCGCCAUCCUCACAGUGCUGGUUCCCCCAGACAGUCCUUUAGUGGAGGUGAAGGAACAGGCAGUAGAAGGAGGAGAAGUUGAACUCACCUGCAGCAUUCCCAGGUCACGCCCUGCGGCCACCCUGCGCUGGUACCGGGACCGGAAAGAGAUAAAAGGAACAAGCAGCAAGCAAGAACAUGGGAAAGUAUUCAGCAUCACCAGCAUGGUGCGUUUUUGGGUGGAUCGCAAGGACCACAGCAGCAUUGUGACGUGCGAAGCCAUCCACCCAGCAUUGCGUGGUCAGCGGAAGCAGACGCAAUACGUGCUAGAUGUGCAGUAUUCACCCACAGCGAGAAUCCACCCCCCUCAAGGAGUCAUGAGGGAAGGAGACACCUUAGUUUUGACUUGCGCUGUUAACGGCAACCCACUGCCCAGAGACAUUAAAUGGAGCCGAGCGAACGACACGUUGCCGGAGCGGGCCCUGAUAGAGGGUGAAGUGCUGACCAUCCCCAGCCUCAGCAUGCUGGAUAACGGCACCUACUCGUGCCACGUGGCCAAUAAACAUGGACGGUCCUCGGACCAGUACGUGCUGGUGGUUUAUGAUCCUGGGGCUAUUGUUGAGGCCCAGACUUCAGUGCCAUAUGCCAUUGUGGGGGGCAUCCUGGCUCUCCUCGUCUUUCUCGUCAUCUGCGUACUCAUCGUCAUGGUCUGGUGCUCCAUCCGGCAGAAAGGUUAG